CUCUCCAGAAACAUUCCAAAUGCACGAGUGGUUCUUAUAUUUUUUUUGCAGUUUACAACCUGAGUGGGAAUUUGAAGAAAACUAAACUGGAUCACGCAGUUUCUUUCAUAGGAUCAUCCAGACAGUGUGCAACUCUGUGAUGGAUUCCUCCAAACUUGACCAUUCUGCAUACUUUGGCAGAGUCCAUGGAAUUCUAAUGUAUAAAGAUUUUAUUAAAUUUUGGGAUGAUGUGGAGGCAUUCGAGGCAAGACCAGAUGACAUUGUCAUUGCCACCUAUCCCAAAUCUGGCACAACCUGGGUUAGUGAAAUCGUAGACAUGAUCUAUAAAGAGGGUGAUGUGGAGAAGUGCAAAGAAGAUGCCAUUUUUAAUCGAGUACCUUACUUGGAAUGCAGAAAAGAUGACGUAAUGAAUGGAAUAAAACAACUGAAACAGAUGGCGUCUCCUAGAAUAGUGAAGACUCAUCUGUCAGCCGACCUUCUUCCAGCCUCAUUUUGGGAAAAGAACUGUAAGAUGAUCUAUCUUUGCCGGAAUGCCAAGGACGUGGUUGUUUCUUUUUAUUAUUUCUUUCUAAUGGUAGCUGGGCAUCCACAUCCUGGAUCUUUUCAAGAGUUUGUGGAGAAAUUCAUGGAUGGAGAAGUUCCUUAUGGUUCCUGGUAUAAACAUGCAAAAUCUUGGUGGGAAAAGAGAAAGAAUCCACAUGUGCUGUUUCUUUUCUAUGAAGACAUGCAGAAGGAUAUCAGAAAAGAGGUGAUAAAAUUGAUACAAUUUCUGGGAAGGAAGCCAUCGGAGGAGCUUGUGGACAAGAUUGUACAACAUACUUCAUUCCAGGAGAUGAAGAACAAUCCAUCUACCAAUUACACAAUACUACCAGACGAAGUCAUGAACCAAAAGAUAUCUCCCUUCAUGAGAAAGGGGAUUGUGGGAGACUGGAAGAAUUACUUUACAGUGGCCCUGAACGAGAAAUUUGACACACACUACAAGCAGGAAAUGAAGGGGUCUACACUGAAGUUACAAACUGAGAUCUAACAAGAGUUUUCAUAGCAUAUCUGAGGUUAAAGCAUUCUUCUCAUCAUUCCUCCCCUUUUAAAAAUUUUAGAUCAGUAGAGAAGGAGUCAUGUGAUGGAUUAUAGUGAGGUUCACAUGGUUAUUGAGAUCUUGAUAUAAAGAGCAAGAAGAAUUUUUUUCUCUAUUAUCUUUUUUAUUUUGUUUUCUUUCUUUUUCUUCUUCUUUUCUUUAAAUAUUACACGAAUCUAUAAUCUACAGAAAUGAUGUAGGAGCACACAGAUACUUCAAGUUGUUAAGAAACAUUGAGAAUAUCCAAGCAUUCCUGGGUCUGGCCUGGUGGCACAGCAGUUAAGUUUGCACGUUCUGCUUUGGCAGCUCGGGGUUUCACUUGUUCAGAUCCCGGGUGUGGACCUACACACUACUUGUCAAGCCAUGCUGUGUGUCAAGCC